AUGGCAGAAUUCGUUGAAUUUAGAUGCGAAGAAUGGGUUGGAGAAGUUGAUGUUAUGAAAAAAUUAAAUUUAUUCGAACCACAUGAAAUCAAAUCAUUAGUCACUAAAAGAAGAGAGCUUGAAUAUAAAAUAGAAAGAAGGAAAAAAUCCAAGGAGGAUUAUCUUAAAUAUAUUCAAUAUGAAGUUGAUUUGUUAAAAAUAAUAACUGCAAGACGAAAAAAAUCAGGUAUUAAAACAGGGGAAAAAAGCAUAGAGAGUCAAAUUGUCAAUAGAAUUAUUAAACUAUUCAAACAAGUGAUUUUUCGACAUCCCAGCGAUAUAAAACUUUGGAUGUCGUUAUUUAAAUUUUGUAAAGAUGCUAAAAAACAUUCCGUAGCGAGUAAAAUGUUAACUAAAAUGUUGCAAAUUCAUUCUAAUAAUGAAGAAUUAUGGAUAUAUGCAUCAGAUUGGGAAUUGGAGCAUUCAAACUCUUUUGAAAAUGCUAGAAAUUUUCUCACAAAAGGUUUAAGGCAUCAUCCAUCCUCUGAACUCCUUUAUAUGGAAUUAUUCAAAUUAGAAUUAAUGCACAUGACAAAUCAGAUAAAAAUAAAAGAAAUCAAAUUAAAAAAUGAUGAUUAUCAACCGAAUGAAAUAACUGAAAAUAUAAUCAAUGGAAAAAUAGUUGAAAUUGUUUUUAAUACAGCAGUUAAAGCCAUUGAAAAUAUAGAUUUUAAAGUGAAAUUAUUAAAACUUUGUAAAGGUGUAUCAAACAUAGAGGAUAUGAUAUUACAAUCCUUAAUACAAAAUCAUCCUUUUGAAGAAUUAACAUGGUACACAAUUGCCAAAAAAGAAUAUUUAGGUAAAAAAUGCAAUUGGAAAGUUUUAAUUGGAAAAGAUGAUGAUGGGGAAGAGAUUGAGGAAUCUGAGGACAAAGAGACGGAAUCAUUAAAAAACAGAAUCGAAAGAGUUUUGGAAAUUUACAAAGAAUCGUUGAAAAAAUUAAACACAGAUAAAAUGUGGGAAUAUUAUUUGAGUCAUUUACAUAAAAUAUGUAAUGCAAAUUAUUUGAAUUCAGAGUUGCGUGAUUUCACAUACAAAAUAUUUAUAGAAGGAAUGAAAGAUGGUUUGGAAGUGAACAAAGUAAGCGAAGAAAAUUUCAUGAAAUGGAUAGAAAUUAUGAAAAAAUUUAACAGAGAAUGCGAUGAAUUGGAAGAAGUGUAUUUAAAUGGUGUCGAAAAACAUCCCAAAAGUCUUACUCUAUGGUUUGAAUAUUUAAGAUUUACUCUCUGCAAGAAUGACGAGGAAAAAGGGGAAAAAGUUUUUAAAAAAGCAAUUAAAUAUUUACCGGAAGAAGUUUCCCUGUGGGAAUUGAUGAUUGAAUAUUUAAAAUUGAGCGAGUCACAUAAAACUGAGGAAAUUUUCAUGGAAGGAAUCGGUAUGGGUGGUCAAGUAUCGACAUAUUUAAAACCUCUUUAUUUGAAAUGGGUGGUGGAAAAGAAAGGUAUCGAAGAGGGGAGAAAAAUAUUCCAAGCCGCCGAAUUUCAACAUCCUCCAUGUUUGAAACUUUAUAAAACAAUGUGCGAUUUAGAAUCGGAUGAAAAAAAUUUUUCAUCGAGUCACAUAAGAAAAUGUCACGAUUUGGCUUGUUUAUAUUUCGGACGGGAUAAUCCGAGUGUUUGGUUAGAUAGUAUAAAAUGGGAAUUGGUUAAAGGUGACGUAACAAAAGUCCACGAAAUACACAGGAGAGCUUUGAAUAGUUUAAAACCGGAAAUGACGGAUAAAUUUUUAACGGAAUAUAAUUUUAUAAAAAUUAAUUUAUAA